CUGACGCUUCAACCCUCAUAAGACAUGACACCAUAACGCUCACUGUCACACCGAUGACCCUUUACAUUCAUAAACAAGCACCCUGUGCACAAGGACUGUUAUAACGCCGGUAAUAAUGCCGCUGUUUUUACACUGACUCACCUCUAUGGGACACGUCGAGCGAGGCUUUGGAUAUUUCCUGUCAGGCAGGCCUAAGAGCAUGAGUGAUCAUCAGGAUCAGGCUGAAGAUGUCGGGCUCCUGACGCCUCAUGAUCAGUCAGAGCCUUCGAAGGACGAUGACAUGCAUUUCAGGGUGCAUCUAAUAGAUGAUCUGUCAUAUGAGGACGUCAAGAAAUGCUACCGUGGAUCUACCGUCAGCAAGUACAAUGCGCAGUACCACAAGCUCUUCCAGAGCGUGCCCAAAGAAGAGCUCCUGAUGAAAGUGUACUCAUGCGCCCUGCUCAGAGACAUCCUCCUGCAAGGCCGACUCUACAUCUCUCGAAACUGGCUGUGUUUCUACGCAAACCUCUUUGGUAAAGACAUCAAGGUGGCCAUUCCUGUUGCGUCGGUUCGGUUGGUGAAGAAACAUAAGACAGCAGGUCUGGUUCCUAAUGGCUUGGCUAUCACCACAGACAGCAGUCAAAAGUACGUCUUUGUGUCUCUAUUGUCCAGAGAUAGCGUAUAUGAUGUGUUAAGACGCAUCUGCACACAUCUACAGGUCAAUGGGAAGAAGAUUCUCAGCCUCAAGCAGUACAUGGAGGAGCCCAACUCUUUAUCUCUGGAUGAGUUCCCCGUCCCUGAAGUUUUCCCCGUACCAGAUGAGUUUCCUCCAGUGCUGAAGUGGAGGAGGAAGCCGUCAGUGGUGUCUGUGGCUUCAUCUUUACCUGACUUACUGGGAAACUCAGCCAGCAGCUUGAGUGCCGUAGACGCCCCAUUCCAGACAGACAAACCUCUGGAGGAUCAAGUUCUGGAAAGCAAGAAGAUCCUCUUGACAGAGACGAUACCUGAACUGGGCCAGAUGGAGUACCAGCUCCUCAAAUUCUUCAUCCUGCUCAUUAUCCUGCUCAUCCUGUCAUCAUGUUACCUGGCCUUUCGUGUCUGCAGCCUGGAGCAGCAGCUCUCCUUCCUCAGCAACAACCCUGCGCUGACUCUCAGAGAGAGGUAACUACUGAUGGUCACUGCUGCACUUCACAGGACGCUCACUAAAUCUCUGUUUGUGACCACCUUGCAACUAUGCAAAGAAACUCUCUUAUGUAUUAAUGCAAAGCCUUGCAUUGUGUUAGCAAUGAAGGAAAGACUGAAAGUGUUACUGGACCUAAAAAAGAAAGGACUCGACUGGCCUGCACAGUGUAUUACAGCGGUAAGGGUAAUGCACAAGAAAAUGUUUUUUACUUUUCCCCUAACAAGGGCAAAUGUAUCAAGCGCUCUCCAUCCCAUCGGUCGAAUUACUUUCCGUAGGUUAUGAAUCUCUUGAACAUGUAUAGCUCAGGAUCUAAUAUUGUAAAUUAAGAUUAUUUUAUUUAUUCAUAUGCAAGUCUCUUGCCAUGUCCUAGCUCUUCCAGUAGGAUUUAGCAUCCUCUAUAUAUCUAAUGUGUCUGCGUAUGGUGUGAUCAGGUUUUACUAUGCGUUCACAGCUUAAUCGGCUCAGGUCCGUGACCUGGGCAGAAUGUGUAUGGCAUAAUGAAUGUUUACUCAAGCAAAUCUUGAAGCUGUAGAACUCAUGGACAAUAAAUG